AUGAUCGUUGUCUACCAUCCGGGUCUUCAUCUGUCUUUAAUUCUGAUCAUUUCAGCUGAUAACAGCAUUAUUACGGUUCAACAAUACAAAGAUCAAGAAUGUCAAACUACCGCCGCCAAUGUCACACAAUAUACUUCUGGUGUCUGUAACACUGUCUCAAAAGUCAAUGGUUUCUACAAGACCUAUACUUGCUCACCAACAAUGCCAUCGUUACCAGCCCGUUCAUUGUCCAUCUCAACCUACAGUGCCUGUAAACUUAAUCCAAGUCUUCUCACUGGGUUCCGUUGGAUCCCAUCCUACAAGUGUAUGGCCAUUAGUAGAGGUUCAAUCGCUGCUACGGGUACUUCUGCCUCUUCCUCUGUCACUACUACACCUUAUUCGUCUGCAUCUGCAUCAGCUACAUCAGUAUCACCAUCAGCAUCAGCUACUUCGUCAUCGGCAACGGCGUCGGCAUCAGGGUCUUCAGGGUCUUCAGGAUCAGUUUUACUUCCACACUACAACUACAACCAUGACAACAAGAUUAGUUCAAUGGAUUUGUUAGACAAGUAUUUUGAUUUCUUGGACACUAUCAACUUUAAUCAAUUAAAUGGCCAAGAAGAGGAUGAUAAUGAUAAUGUUGGUGUUCCAACUCAACCACCAGGUGGUAGAUUGGGAACUACUGGUACUGGCUUGUCAGGAUCAGGUAUAGGAUUCGGCACUGGAACCGGGUCUACUGGUAGUGGUCCAGUCAACUUUGUGUCAUUUGGUAUUGUUGUUUGCAACCAAACCGACAAUAUACUAUUCGCCUAUUUUAACGGUAAUCAUCCAGGAUCGACCUCUGGAACAGCUGGUAGUGUCUUGUCGACUGGUAAAUACUCAUCCGGUGAUCCAUACUGUUCCAAUAUGAAUAUUCCAACGAGUGUGACAACCGGAUGGUCUGGUGGUAACUCUGCCAACUCUGGUAACUCUGGAAGAGCGGCCACAGGAGGUGAUGGUAGUGCUACUACUGCCACAAGUGGAGUAUCUGCCUCAGGGGGAUCGUCGGCCAGUUCAAGUUCAGGUUCAGGAUCAGGCUCAGCAGACUAUAACGGAUGUUCAAUACCAUUCAACUUGGAUGGUGGUGGAAAGAACAUACAACAAUGCUAUCAAAAUGAAUUAUUAUCUGUCACUUGUACUCCACCAUACCAUUCAUAA